CUCUUGGUUGCUUUCCUCUGUUUGUUGCGACUUCCUUCAGCAACAGUGCGUCACAUGCCAUUGAAAAGGUUCCAUAUUCGCCCUUAAGAGACUUUCAUAGAUGACACGGGUCUUUCUACAGCCGAUACGACAUGCUUCCCCGGGCGGGAAAGGAGUUUGUAGUCCGCAUUCGGUUCUCGUGGCGGCAGCUGUUCCAGGGUCGGUAUCUCCUCCUAACCAACACUUUGAGCGGAGGAGGCAUGCUGGCGCUGGGGGACUUCCUGCAACAGAGCCGGGAGAGGUAUAAAAACCCGGCCAAAGUCCGAGACUGGAAUAGGACAGGUCGUAUGUUUGCGGUGGGCUGCUCCAUGGGUCCAGUGCUGCACUUUUGGUACCUUUGGCUAGACAGAAGGUUUGUGGGACACGCUCUGAACACAGUGGUCAAGAAGGUUCUCGUGGACCAGAUGAUUGCAUCGCCAACACUUGGCUUGUGGUACUUUUUAGGUAUGGGUGUCAUGGAGGGACGCUCUUUAUCUCAAGGAUGGGAGGAGUUUAGAGACAAGUUCUGGGAAUUUUAUAAGGCUGACUGGUGCGUUUGGCCCGCGGCUCAGAUGAUCAACUUUUAUUAUCUUUCGCCCAAAUACCGUGUGGUGUACGUCAACACCGUUACCUUGGGGUGGGACACCUACCUCUCCUAUCUCAAACACAGAGAUGACAGUAAGCCCUCUGAGCUGCUAUCCGAUGUGCAGCAGGAAGCUCUGCCACCAUCCAAACCUCUGGAGGAGAAAAGUGGAUGGUGAUUGGUGAAACUGUUUGUUCCAGAUGACGGAACCUGCUGCAAAAAGCUUAAAGGUGGCACCUUUGGCUUUUUAAUCGUAUGGCGGUCGUUUUGUCUGUUUAUUCAGGCAGUGCGAUGCGUUUGUGAAACUGUUCAGGGAGUCAAAACAAACAGAAGAGCUGUUUCACUGCCUGCAGAAAGACAGCAGGACUGCUUAACGUGUUAGGAUGGAAGAAUUCCUAAACUUGAUGCUGGUUACUGUAAGUUAUAUUUAAACAGUGUAAAUCUAAACUGGCUUCUUACUUAAGUAUUUUUUUUUUUACAUUUAAUGAUGAUUGUAAUGUGAAAAUAGUAUUUAACAUUAUUUUGAAGGUAUAGUCCUUUCAAGCCAAAAUCUAGGACCCUGUUUUCAAGAGAUUCAAUCCAAUUACCAUUACUAGAGUGACGAUUCGAUUGUCGAUUAAACACCAUUUUCGAUUCAAACUAAUUCAUCCAUUCGUCUUCUGCCGCUUAUCCGAGGUCGGUUCGCGGGGGCAGCAGCCUAAGCAGAGGAUUUCAGACUUCCCUCCCCCCAGCCACUUUGUCGAGCUCCUCCCGGGAGAUCCCGAGGCAUUUCCAGGCCAGCGGGGAGACCUAGUUAUUGCAAAUUAAUGAAAAAUGAAUUCUUAUAUUUACAAAAAACAUUUAUUUUAUUUUUUUUAUCGAUUUUUGGAAAUUAUGAAUUGAUUCGGAAUCGGGAUGAUUAAGAAUCGCGAUUCGGAUGCGAAUAAAUGUUGGUGCACCCCUAAUAAUCAGUACAAACAGGUUUUUAUGUUCAAAUGUUCACUUUUAAUUAAAUAAUAGGGUAGAAUCCUACCCUACUACCUAUCAAUUCCAUCUUGUUCCUAAUUACAUUUUAAGUUAUAUUAAGUUUUUUCAAGUCCUGGGAGGUUUUGAGCGAUUUUGUGUUCAAUUAUAUCUCACCUUGCCUUGCUUGUGUGACGUACCGUACUGUUUUUUUCUGUGAUGACGGACCAUGGCGCUACAUGCCGUACCUGUAUUACCUCACAUGUGGAGAUCUCUCACUCUAAACAAAAAUAAAAAUACCACGUCAA